AUGUCUUUAAAACGCCUCUUCACUACAUUUAGGUCACUGACCCACGAAAACCCGUUGGUAUUACCCCUCCACUGAUAUUCUUCAUCGCAUGCUGGGAAGUGCACAAUCAAUCUGACUGGCUCUCUACUUUACUCUCUUCCAGGGCCUUCCCCAGUCAGGAUCCCCACCCCAAAUCCCACGAGCUCUGCGAGGUCUCCCGACAAAGAGACCUAUAAGGGACGUUUCCAAGGUCCUAGCUGUUUCCUCCGCAAAAGGCGGUGUCGGAAAAUCUACCAUUGCGGGUACGGCCCGGCCAUUUUCCGCGUUGGACGAGGCUGCUUGCAUGCUUACUCUUUCCCCUCUCUCCGUCUACGGUAGUCAAUCUGGCAUUGGCCUUGGUGAGGCAAGGCAAACGUACGGGAAUAUUAGAUACAGACGUAUUCGGUCCUUCGAUACCCAAAUUGUUGAACCUAUCUGGUGAACCCAGGCUUUCUUUGCGUAGGUGUUCCUCUUGCUACACCUACGGUACUCUCGCUGCAAGGGCAAAGAAGUGUUUUAUUGAUUUUAUAGAUAAUCGGCUGAUCCCGCUGAGUAACUACGGUGUUAAAUCCAUGUCCAUGGGCUAUCUGGUCGGUGAGGAGGCUCCAGUGGUCUGGAGGGGCUUGAUGGUUAUGAAGGCAAUGGGUCAGAUGCUCAAUGAGGUCGAGUGGGGUGGGCUCGAUGUUUUGAUCCUCGAUUUCCCGCCGGGAACCGGCGAUGUCCAGCUUAGUGUCACUCAGCAGGUUAUAGUAGACGGUGUGUGCGUGCAAUUUUCGUUUCGCUUCUGCUUAAGUCGGAUUUCAUGUUACCCCCCGCAGGGAAGCUCGGGAAUGCUGCUUUUCUGCGAGGGCGAUUCUCGUCAAGGACUCUCAUGGGGGAUGAGAGGGUGUCGCUAAUUGAGUUCGCAAAGCGGAAUGCACGCAUGAGGUAUGCUAAUUCUGGAAAAAUAGGAGCUUUGAUUGUUUCGACGCCCCAGGAUAUAGCUCUCAUCGACGCGGUUAAGGGAAUCAACAUGUUCAAGAAGGUGGAUGUUCCAGUGAGUUCCUUGCCUUAGAAACCCCCCAUCCGAAUCUGGGCCGCAUGGCAAUCCUUAUCCCGAAAUCUUGCCCCCCUCUAACUUCCUUCCUCUAGCUACUGGGAAUGGUGCAGAACAUGAGUGUAUUUACAUGUCCCAAUUGCCAGCACGACACCCACAUUUUCGGAGCGGAUGGCGUCGAGAGAGAGUGCAAGAAACAUGGAAUAGAACUUCUUGGGGACAUUCCCUUGCACGCCUCCAUCUGCCGGGAUGCUGACCAGGGGAAACCCACAGUAGUAUCUCAUCCUACAGGAGUACACGCUCUCGCCUUUGAAGGGAUUGCUGAGAAGGUCAGCAGAAAGCUUUUCGGUUAGGUUGAGGUUUGCGAGAUUCGCAUAGCAGAGCAGCAAACUCUCCUCAUGUCAUAUCACUUGCGCAGUAAUUUCGCCUUUAACAAAUUAUCUACUCGUUCUCUAAGACACUUGAAGAUAUUCCGCAGCCAAAUUUGGGGGCUUCUGAAUCCCGUUAGGGAUGUCAUCUUCCGUCCGGCAAAUUAUUUCAGAGAUCGUGGAUUUUCUCAUCAACGUGCCCUUCAAGAGAGCCAGUGUAAGUGGAGUUGGGGCGUGAAAUAUGCACUUUGGUACGACCGCACAAAAUAGAUCCAUACCCCCACCCCUCCGGAUCUUUGAUAUAUGGUGGUACUGUACGUAGUGAGAAUGUCCCUUUAAACCCUUCCAAAUAUUCUAAGGAAUCAAUUGUCUGCUAGUGCCUCUUCUCCAUCAUGAUCCUUAUCGUAAUAAUAACUAUCGUCAUCCUAUGUUCGUUUCCGUAGUGUCUGUUUGUGAAGUAGUUCCCUCGCAGCCUGACGGGAAUGGCCAAAGAAGCGGGCCGGCGUAGCGCAGCACUGUACGGGUAUCAGUACAGUGCCUUCAGUACAGUGAAGCUUUGCCCAUUCGCGCGUUGGAGGGAAGUAAUCAAGCCAAACUUGCUCGUCCGUAUUCUACGUUCUUCCCCCGCCCUCAUCCAGUGGGAGGGUAGAAUGCCUCAGCCGUCUUCCCGCAUUACCGGUGGCUCGGUAGAUGUCAAAAAAGGCGCAGGCCAAGCUGCUCGAAAGGUGGAAUAGCCUUCUCUUCCCUUCUCUCCCUUCCUACACCGAGGAAUCCGACGUGAGUACUGUACUUGUACUACUCGUACAUUGGAACCAUACUGAGGGGGUUGGACGGCUGGAUGGCUGGAUGGGGGAUAGGAGUAUAGAAUACGGUGAACCAGAUGCGUGGCGUGAAGGUUCUUAUCAAGCGCGAAUCCAUACAGGGCUAUUUCUCCGGCGGAGCUCGAGAAAGUGUUUGUAUGGCGGUAUUGUGGUAUCUGGUAUGGUACUUGUAAAGUACAGUACUGUGCGAGCACAGGGCUCGCUCGUUUGGUUGGUCCGGGGUUGGUGCACCCACACAUCCUAAAGAAGAACCAAUCGAACCGGUAUCGUAACCUCUUGGCAGGGCCGAAAGUCCACAAAGCAGGACUAGGCGCACUGUACGAGUACUCGUAUCAUACACAAACCUAUGUACCGUACAAGUACAGUCCUGCCAUAGUAUCACAAGUUACCAUCCACCAACCAACCACAUCCCGGAAGAGAGAAAACGGAAAACAAGGUCGCUGGCACCACCCCGCUACGUUUCAUCUCUUCCUUGACCAUCACAUAGCCCACCGGUGCGCACCCUCUAUCAAAAACAUCUUUCGCACCGCAUCCCCCACUCUCUAGCGAGAGAGAAAGAAAGCGAGAACAAACCUUCUGCUCCAUCUUACCCACGGUGCAUACUUUGACAUCACACGUACCUCUUAACACUCCUCCACCCACCUGCCUCCUUCCUCUCUUUUCCAGCGCCGGCUACGCGAGUGCAGAGCGUGAGCCGAGGAAGAAAGAAGAACACAAUUAACUAGGAGAUCCGCAAAGACGUCAAUCGAGGGAAAGAAAGAACAUGGGCAUUGUCCGCCUCCACAUCACACCGCUAACCCCGGAGACCAUAUGCUCUCUCCUUCCACCGAAAGUCCUCUCCGAUAAAGCGGUUAUCGCGUCCAUGUCUUUUCACAAAGUCCCCUCUUUCCCAGAGAAGAGUUAUGGAUAUUUCGCUUGUGACCGGGAUGUUGCGGACGGAAUUAAGAAGAAGUUGAAUGGGAGUUUGUUUCGGGGGGUUAAAGUUAGGGUUGAGGACGCCCGGCCUGAUGCUUUCGUCCCUGGGGGUGUUCCUGAUGGCGGUGUUGAGGAGAAGGAGAAGAGGAAGCGUGCUAAGAAGGAUGACGAUGGCGAUGGGAACAAGAAGGCUAAGAAAAGCAAGAAGGAGAAGGGUGUAGUCGACGGUAUUGAGCUGAGGGGUAGGAAGGUUCAGAGAGGGUGGAGUAGGCCCCCUACUAUCGCUACGCCCGUGAAAGGUGAUGGGAGGCGGGAUUGUCUUUUCAGAUCUUCUGCCGCUACCUCCGCCUUUACCCUCUCUGGCUCUACUACUGCUUCCACU